UUUAAAACUUCGUAAACCUGAAAUUGGAGUGGUUAUUUCCGAAGUUCCAGUGAACGCAGCUUUGGAUGACUCGAUGAGCCCGGUCACCGACUAGUUUUCCUGGGCUCCUUACCGCGGACACGCCCUUAAAUGAUCGAUGACUUGACGCUCUGCAGUGAGCAUAUCAAAUAGUUUACCUAAAGAGACACGUUUUUAAACGAAGAUGGAGACUGCGGAGGCCUCUGGGGGUGAAGACUGUCCUUUUUGUGAAAUAGCGAACAACAAGUCUGACACGGAAAUCCUGCUCAGUGAUGAUGAGCUGCUGUGUUUUCGCGACGUGAAGCCUGGCGCCACGCAUCAUUACCUCGUUAUUCCCAGGACUCACAUCUCCUCUUGUAAAGCUCUCCAGCCUGUGCACAUACCUCUAGUGGAGCAUAUGGUUCAAAUGGGAUGGCGUACACUGGAGAAGAAUAAAGUCAGCGACCUGGAUGAUGUCAGGAUGGGGUUUCAUGUGCCUCCAUUCUCCUCUGUUCCUCACCUUCACCUCCACACUCUGGCUCCAGCUAGUAAGAUGAACUUGAAGUCCCAACUUCACUACGGCCCACAGACUCACUGGUUCAUCACAGUAGACAAAGUGCUUACUCAGCUGAAGACUCGUGGCAGGGUCAAUUGAUUCCAUAAAACAAAGAGUCCAAAGGUGUCUUCUUUUAUUUUUUAAAAGUAAUUUAUUGUUACUGUGCCUUACUGAGUGCAAUCUUGGAUCGGCUUUCUGUCCAAUUUAUCAUCUAUAUUUUAUUUCUCUUUGAUGUGUGUGCUCCCUCCAUGAGUUAGUGGUGUGUUUUUUUUUUUUAGUUUGAAGCUGUAAAAACUUGACCUCUAAAGCAGACUGCUCGUGUCAAAAGACAUGUUGUGUAGUUGGACCAUCAGUGAGGAGAGAAUGACUACUUUUGAGAUUACACAUGAAGACUGAUAACACAUCUUCAUGCAGUUUGAAGAUAUAAAAGAAAUCAUUGAAUCAUCCUUGUUUACCUUAUCAGGUCAGUCUUUGUCAGGAAGUAUAAUUACACUUUGCACAUUCAUGUUAACUUGUUUGUUUGCACAUUCAUGUUUUCUUGUUUGUUUGCACAUUCAUGUUGUCUUGUUUGUUUACACAUUCAUGUUUUCUUGUUUGUUUACACAUUCAUGUUAACUUGUUUGUUUACACAUUCAUGUUAACUUGUUUGUUUACACAUUCAUGUUGUCUUGUUUGUUAUGUAUUGAUGAUCAAAUGAAACACUGCUUAUACCUUUGAUAUCUUGGGAGAAAAACUGGGGCUAAAUUGUCACUUCAUAUGAUGUAAUGUUAUGUUUAAUACUAAUUUUAAAAACUUAAUGAGAUCUUUUUAAAAUCACAUUUCAGAGUAAAUGAAGUCAAUAUUAA